AUGGAUCCAUACACUGAGCGCACUCCAUCACUCACUAACUCUGGUUCUUCAAGCUCUAGCACUUCAAGUGAUCUCAUUUCGCCGGUACUCCCAGACAGAGACAGGGCUCUUCCUUCAAUACCCCGUGAAUUGUCUCGAAAAUCAUACCACAUACCUCCAAUUGGGGAAAGUCCUGCAUCCCCAAAUAACUCACUGAGGUCGGCCAGAAGGCCUAGCCUCGUUCACCGUCCACCGCAGCGUGCUUCAUCCUUGGCCAAAUCGUUGGCAUGGAGGAGAAUGCACCGUGCGGCCGUCCGUACCCUCAAACAGCCACAUAUUCUUGCGCGCCUAUUACAGUUCAUACCAUGGACUGAUUUUUACGUCCUGUUAUCAACUUGCGCCGAUAUGAGGCAUCUCUGGGAUACUCGUGAUUUCAGGGAUGUCAUACUAUCCCAUUUUGUCCCGGGCUACGGCUACGCUCUCAGGCAUCGUGACUUCUCCAAGUAUCAAGACUUGGACAUAUCCCUUCAAGACCUGGACCUCUUGCUUAUCUCGCAACGGGUUCCCCCUCAUCAAUACCCUGUUCACGCACUCAGGAGCAUAUCGAGCCUACCACCCAGCCGAGAUUAUGACGCAACUGCCGCGAAAUUAACCCAUAAACUCGCCAUUCUCUGUCUCACACACUCACGAUUCGUACUGCUUCUUCAGUCCUUCGUCCAUAGUUCUCCUCUCCCCCUACCAAUCGAUGAUGACUCCCAUUUCCAACCACCACGGUUCUCCUCAGUAUCCCCCACAUUGCCUCAUGGCCUCCGCGAGCUCACAUUUCCUGCUCCUCUGUCAUUUGUAUCUGACUCAUCCGAAAAGGCUCCGCCUAGCGCCCAUUCUUCAGGUUCUGGAUCAGAAUGGAGGGCGUCCGCCAGUCAUCCUCGUGACCGAGCAAAUAAUAGUCAGUUAUCGCCUGAUCCCAUGCCAAGGAGCCGAGACCCUUCAAAAUCCAGGACUUCUCCUGACUUUAAUACGUCAAUCAAUCAACGUAGACAGAGGAAGCUUUCCAUAUUUGGAGCGAGAAACCCUCCGCCCCCUCCGCUCUCGGAGCCCCGGUCUCUCAAAUACUACGAUGCCAGAUGGCGGCGCACCAUCACUGGCACGCCAUCCCAAGCGCCUGCGCCCAUGGGCACGUAUGCAGAUAAUCGGAAUUUCAUGUCAGCAGAUGACAUCAGAAAGUCGGUAGCGCAUUCCCACCGACGCACAGGAUCCAGUGGGAUGUCCAGUGCUUCAUCUUCGGCUAGUGGCAGUCCAUCCCCACCAUUCUCUCGCAAAGCGACACAAGACGCUUUUGGCGUUUCCACUGGCUCCCCACACGAACUUCACACGGCAACUUCACGAACCAGGGCACCCGUGCUGCGCGUAUUCGUACCUUGCACAGACCUCAUCCCUGCAUCAAUCUCAUCAUGCGAACAACAGCUAAUCGACAACGGCCUCUGGGAACACCUUUCAACUGGGGAUAUCGUGUGCAACUUCGGUUACGUCCCUGCAACUCCCGAAUCGGACGAGAUGUCAUCAUCACAAGAGUCCGACAGAAGCGCGGUACGCAAAUCAUGGCUGCUUUACAACGGCUACUCGCUUGUUCCGUUCAUCCCUCCUGCGUCCCCGCCUGUUGAUGACCCCCUCAGCCUUCCAUCACCGCUGUACUAUUCACAUAUCAUGCCUUCGCAUGUUCAUCCCCUAUUCGCGUUUGCACCUCCAGGUGGCGGUGGCGUCCCUGAGCUCAACCUAGUACAAACAACAGAGCGUGUCCGGUCGCCACAGUCCCGCGGAGGAUGGGCCGCAGCGAAGAAGCACAUGUGGAUCGCGCGUGCACGUGUCGGGAUGGGCUUCGUUGAUGUCGACGAUGGACUCGGCGAAGGGUGGCGAGGUGAAUGGGUCCUCGAGACGGAAGGCACGCGCGAGGGGCGACAAACGCUUGUAGAUUGUCUGUCUGGGGACGCAGGCGAGGUUUUCGUGUGGGAGUUUGUGAGGGAAAAGAGCGGUGGUGGGCGAAUAUGGCUCAAGUGA